AUGGCAACUGAUCACCAGAACCCUGCAACCAAGCAACAACAGUCCGGUGCCAGUGCUUUCAAGUUGGUCAUCUUCGAACAAGAAAAUUUCCAAGGUCGCUGCCAUGAGCUGACUGGGCCCAGUAAUAACCUCCAAGAGGCGGGCGUGGAAAAAGUGGGCUCAAUACUGGUGCUAUGCGGACCAUGGGUGGCAUACGAACAGCCAGAGUGUAAGGGUGAGCAGUUUGUGUUUGAGAAGGGCGAGUAUCCUCGGUGGGACUCCUGGACCAACAGCCGACGAAGCGACUGCAUCUUUUCCUUCCGCCCCAUCAAAGUGGACAGCCAGGAACACAAGAUUGUGUUGUAUGAGAGCCCAAGCUUUACAGGGAAGAAGAUCGAGAUCAUAGACGAUGACGUGCCAAGUUUCCACGCGCAUGGAUACCAAGAGAAAGUCUCUUCAGUUCGUGUGCAGAGUGGCACGUGGGUGGGUUAUCAGUACCCAGGGUACAGAGGCUUCCAGUACCUAUUUGAAAAAGGAGAAUAUAAAGAGUGCACCGAGUUUGGAGCCGAAGCCCCUCAGAUUCAGUCCGUGAGACGCAUUCGUGACAUGCAGUGGCACCAGAGGGGGACUUUCCACCCCUCUAAUUAG